AUGCUCAACUUCCGAGCGAGAGCGGACAGGCGCUCUAAGUUGCCCCCGGGGCCGGCGUCGCUGAAGCCUUGGGUCGACCCGACGGCGUCCCGACAUGUUGGGCUUCUGUGCAACUUCACGGCCAACGAUCAGGGCACCCUGCGCCAGCGGCUCGCUCAAAGUCUCAGCCGCAGGUUGCCGCAUCUGGCGGCGCGCGAAUCCGGAGCCGCUCACCUGGAAACCGGCGAGCUGCCGCAGUCUCGGCUGCGGAAGAGCAUCAGCAGCAUCUCGUCGUCGGUGAAGAACCGCUUUUCCGCCAACCGUCCCCGCUGUCGAGAAAGCGAGGACCAGGACUCGCGGCUAUGGGAAAUUAGUAAGAAGAUCGGCUACGUGUCGUCGUCGCUCAGAGGCAUUCGCUCGUCCGUGGACGCUCGGCUGUCCCCGAGCAGAUCGCGACGUUACGCUACUGUGCAGUGUUGCCGCUCUUCACGGGCCGGUGGCAAUGGCCUCGGCCGCAGACGAUGCAAUAGCUUCGGCCAGAUAUUCGAGCUGCCCGACGACGACGGUUCCAUCCCUAAACUACCUAGGCUGGAAGACAUGGCUGUAGACGCCGGUAAGAACACGGGCAUCCCAGUCAAAGACCGAUCGCCGGACAGGCAGUUCGAUAUGGGAAUAUUCGAUGGGUUUCAUGCCACAUUUAGCGUAAACACGCCUGAACAGGUCGGAGGAGGGGCUGACGAGCAGAUGGCCGACCAGUCCGUCACGACCGUGGAGAAUUCGCCCGCCGGUCGCAAGGGUCUCGAGUUGGAAGGCUGCAGAGAAAAAGAGACCAUCCGGGCAUGGGCUUCCGGCGGCAAUCCCGCACCUUCGAGAGACUCGGGAUGCUUUGGUUGUCUGGAUGAAGUCGACAAAGAUACAGCUCACGCAACCGACACAUCGAAGGUUCCGGUAGAGUGGCUGGACACCAUCCUGGAAACGUCUCUCUCUAUGCGAAGCGCGGUGUCCCAGUUAGCUAAAACAGCCGUUAGCCCCGGCGCCGAAGAGCGAGGCCGGCCUAGCGCCGAGACGGUAUGUGUAUUCGUCCCGGAAACUCGAGACACGCAACGGCCCUGGUCGAAGUUAUGUUAUCCCAAUUUCAAGGCUGCCGUCACCGACUUGUGCGGGCGAUUCCACCCGUACUUCGCGCCCUUUGCCGCGUAUAUCCGCCAAACCCGGGCAAUCGUACUAUUCCCCAUGGGUUCGGUCGUACCAACCUACGACUACGGUCCGGACAUAAUUAUAUUCCCGCUGCAGGAUACGAUGGAAGGCUGGAAAUCUCAGGUGCCCAAUCUCGCACAGCACUAG